GUACAGAGCAUCAUUGGCUGAGAAGUGCCAUUUUGCCUUGUUACCCCUCAUGUAGGAUGAGCGCCUGUGUCAACUUUGUCAACGCGCUGGGCGGGAUCUGAAGAGAAUGUGAUUUAAUUUUGCUGUGAGGCUAGGAUUUCAUGUUGUGACACUUGGAAGUUUACUUUCUGCUGGUUGGCCUGAAUGGGUGAUGACCUCUCCUUAAAGAGAUGAACACCAAAGGAUCAGCCCCCAUUCACAAUAAUUGUUAUUUUUUAACCCAAGGUAGUGUGAUUGAAAACAAACGGUGGCUGCAGUAAUCUUGGUAUCAAUGACAUAUCAAGCAUGCUAGAGUGGGCCGAUUCAGCGUGUUAACCCGCUGAUUGAUCAGAAUUGUUAGUGGGUACCGUAUAGGACAAUAGCAGUCCUGAGACAGCAAGCUUGGCUGAUACACUGUUUGAUUAGCAUCCCCUACUGCAUUGAUUGGCUAUUGAUGUUGUCCCACCAUUGUAACUAAAUUCAAUAAUUUGUUUGGGAUUGGGGAGUUGCAGCUCCGGCUAGUGAGGUGAUUAGUUGUGACAGAAGCAAAAGGCCAGUUAUUUGUGUGCUAGAUGGUAGGUGGAGAAGUUACAGAGGAGGAAAGUCACAAAGCAUUUCAUGUUGUGACCCGUACUGUUGCCUAUGUACAUGUACAAACAUUGUGUCGUUUUUUGGAAUUGCAGAAAAGGAAAAAAAAGUUAUGCCGAGUAGAUCUUGAAUGCUCUUUGCAAGUGCAGGGAGCAUAUACACAUUGCACAAACACAGGGAAAUUCAGGGGAAAAAAGUUAUGAUUAACAGAUCCUAAAUGCAGAAUUAGGGUGAAAAUAGCCAACUGCCGGAUGCACAUAGCUGUUGCAUGAGGUGCACAGACUGCAGGAGUAUAGUAAAGGACGGCACUGGAUGAGCCCAGACUAUGAUGAAGUUUAGGGUGAAAUUACCCACAGAAAUUGACUCUGUCCAGAAGUGGCUGUCUGAGCUAAGGUGGAACACAGAGUCCGAGUGUAUGAGUGUGCUGCAGGGAAAGUCUCUGGUCACAAAACAGAGCCAUGAUUCCUCCACAGUCUCCAGUGCUAAAUCAACCAAAGAUAGGUUAGAUGCAAUUCGAAGCAGAGCCCAUGUCAUUAGUGCAGAAUUUGCCAAACUUUUCAAAAAAAUAGAAAAGGAAAGAUGGAAACACAUCAAAGGUGGUGCCUGUCGUAUCACCUCUCAGGUGCGCUCUCUACUCCAUGACAUCAACACCAGCAUACAGGACAUGCCGCCAUAUUUGUUUGAGGAAGAAGCUGUGAUAAUUGAAGAAAGUGCCAAAUUAGCUCAAUAUAUAGACAGUCUGGGUGAGAUCAAUGGUCACAAACCCAAUACUCUUCCACUGGUCAAUAUGUUGACCACUAUUGGUCAGUCUUUUAGUGCUGUAGUGGACAUGGCCUUAGGAUAUUUAAUUCAGCAAAUGAUCCAGUCAAUUGAGGACGCCACCAGUCCCCAUUUCAUCAGUGCCUCCCUCAGUCACCUGAUCAGCCUGGGUCUGGAAGGAGAACAUAUGUGCUUUCUAAUUGCUAGGGAGGGAGGAGUGAGAGUUUUGUUUGAAGUUUGUCGCCAGAGCAAGUUUGAAUUUGCUCAUUCCCAAGCUCUGAGGGCAAUAGCCACGGUCUGCUGUGUGUCAGAGAGCAUACUGGAACUAGAAAAGGCUGCGGGUGUGGAGUGUUUGACUGACAUCUUGUGUAAUGAGGGGACUACAGAACACCUGAGGUCUGAGGCAGCAGGGGUGGUGGCACAGAUUACAUCACCUUGCCUGGAUCACAACCAACACAUCUCAGGGUUUAUAGAAAAUAUGGAGGAUCUCAUACAAGCUCUUUUAAAGUUAUGUAUGCAGACACAUAGUCAUGAGGUAUUCCUCCUGGCCACUGCUGCAAUUGCCAACAUCACCUUCAUGGACAGCAUGGCCUGCGACUCCCUCAUGCAGUUUGAUGCAGCAAGAAUCAUGAUAGAGGCUUGUCAAGUCAAUAAAGCGGAAUCCAUGUUUGCCAAAGAUCAGGUUGCCACUAUUCUAGCCAAUAUGGCAGUCCUAGAAAACUGCAGUGCAGAAAUAACCGAGAACAAUGGAAUGGAGUUACUUCUGCACUUUCUACACCAAAGACCGUCUCCCCAGGCAGCAGAGGCAGAGAGAUCAGCAUGUGAGAGAGUUCAUCAGAAGGCAGCAAUUGCUCUGACAAGACUGAGUAAAGAUGCAGAGAAUGCUCAUAUUAUUGUAGAAUUGGGUGGUAUCCCACGUCUGGUCCAACUAUGCAGAAACAUUACUGAAAGAAACAACAGUGAUGGGGUGCUCAUUGCAUGCUUGGCUGCCCUCAGAAAAAUAGCCACAGUCUGUGGGGUCCAGGAAUUCUCAGCAGCAGACAUACAGCAGUUAAUCAAACCAACUCUAGUGGACUCCUACCUCAUCUGCUCACAACUUGAGGAGAGUUUUGUAUGACCUCUGACCCCUGAGAGAAAAAUGGUAUGAUCUCUUGUUACUGGGAGAGUUCCGUUUGGUUGAUUUACAACCUCUGGAGGAGAACAUUGGCUGAUCAAUGACUUCCAGAGGUUUUUUCAGGUACCUUGUACCACAAUACAAGAUUAGUUAAUUAUUCCAGAGACUUGGCCUAUAAUUUAGGUCCCUGAACAGGCCAUGAUGAUGUUAAAUUCCCACAGCAUUACACGUAAAUCUUUUGCAUUGCCACAAUCAAGUAUUACAUAGUACACGCAUUUUAUAUUUGAAAUAAAUGGGUUGAUAGGAAUCCUGCACAGUGGAAAUGGUUGUGAAUAUCUCAUAGUGCCCUGUGUACAAGACUUGAUGGGGGGGGG